AUGGCCAAGUCAAAGAACUCGUCUCAAGCCAACCAGUGGGCCAAGGCUCACCGUAACGGUAUCAAGAAGCCCAAGACCUCCAGAUACCCUUCUCUCAAGGGUACCGACCCUAAGUUCCGCCGCAACCACAGACACGCUCUCCACGGUAACCAGAAGGCUUUGAAGGAGGCCAAGGAGAAGAGUGCUUAA